AGCACUUCUAGUCAUGUUGAAAGUGCUUGGGUGAAGGGAGUGUGCAUUUCCUUAUCCUGAGCACCGUGUGUUUUUCCUGUAACUAAAGUCAAAGGUGUCUGGAAAAUGGAGAAAACUUUGAACAGAAUUCAUCCAGUUUCUGAUCCAGAAGCAACCUAUUUUCUACAAGUGUCAUGGGAAAAAGAUUUAGGCGCUGGCUUUGGUAUCGUACUUAGUGAUGGUCAGUGUGCAUGGACUGGGACAGUGUCUGAAGCUGAAAUUUCUAGGGAGGCUGCUGACAUGGAAAUGAAUAGAGAGAAGUAUGUUGAAGAACUGAAGAAAGCGUUGAUAGCAGGAGAAGAAUCAGCUGGCAAAUACAACUUUGCUAUUUCGAAAGAUGAAGAAAAUAUGGAGUGUCACUUCUCCUAUGAAAGAAAUCUGAAAGAUGGCUCUUUUAGACUUGGAUCUCUGAAGCUACAGAAAGUUUCCAGUCCAGCAGAAGUGGUUAAGGAGUUGAUUGGUUAUUGUCUGGACUGCCUGGGAAGACUGCAGGCAAAAAAUGAACAUCUGCAAAAAGAGAAUGAAAGGCUUUUGAGUGACUGGAGUGAUGUGGAGAAGCGGCUGGAAAAAUGUGUGGAAGCUAAAGAAGAGCUAGAGGUAGAUCUUUAUAGCCGAUUUAUUUUGGUGCUGAAUGAAAAGAAGGCAAAGAUAAGAAACUUACAGAAGUUACUGAACGAAGCUAAAGAAUCUGCAGCAGAUGCCAAAUGUACAAGGGAUAGUGUAACUACCACUCAGAUGGCUAAAGGGAGAGGAAAUGACUAUGAUGGUAGCACUGAGGAGGAAAGUGAAAAUUUAACACAGGCCUCAUUACCAUCAGCACCAGAACGAAGGGAUUCCCUCCUGGUUAGCCCAGAUGUUCUUGAUACUGCUCCAAGGAGAAAGCGAAGACAAAGGACAACAAAGGCUGCCAGGACAGGAGCUAAGGUGGCUGCCUAUGAAACAGAACUGCCAGCCAAGGAAAAACCUGAUGUAGCCUCACAGAAGACAUCAGGCAAGCAGUCCCUGGAUGUGAUGUCUCUCGAAACACUGGAAAACACUUGUGAGCCAGAGGACCUCUUUGGUGACAUCUAGCUACAUGUUGGCUGAGAAACUGAGAGACUGGUGCUUCUAAUAGAGAUGAGCUAUAAAACUAAAAGGCUUUGUUAUAGACCCUGAGCCAGAAUCUUUACUCUGAGCUAGUAUCGGAUGACAUGUUGCUCUAAUAGCCUUGCAUUGCACUUGUCUCCAUUCUUGUAGGCCCCUGGCGUGCUAGGCUUGAUUUGUGAAGGCCUUCAAAUCAGUUUAGUCUCUGUGAAGAUCUUUUAUCAUGUAUAGAUGGGGAAGGAGAGAAUCGUGGCAGCAUUUUUAUACCCUAACAGUCUCUGGCUGCUGAUUGUGUCUGGGAUAAACUGGUUUCCAGAUGACCCCAGAAAUUAAGUCAGACAUAAAGAAGAUUAAGGCUAGCACUGUACUCACCUUGUCUACAAUCCCUUUCUAGAGAAGCUCACCUUAGAUGUGGUCUAGCUAAAUCAUCUUAAACUUUCAUUGAUACAGCUUCCUAAACUGUGAGUUUAAAAUGUUACCUUCUGACAUGAAGCAUCCAAAGAAAUGUUGUUUCACUUUUUAAUGCAGGUUCUCUGUGGCAUUAUGCAUUAUAAGGUAUUCUUGCUUUUGGAAGUAAAUUGCUUAUAAAGUCAAUAUUUACUCUAUUUUAACCUUCUGUAGAAAUCCAUAGCCUUUACAAAUGUAAUUUUUGAUACUUUUUCUUGAGAUGAUUUCUAAAAAACAAAUAAAAUGCAUUCUAAAAAUA